AUGGGUUCCGCAUCUUCCAAACAAGCGGAGACGACUCCCAAGACCCAAGUAUGGACCAGCGAGACGCCCGUCCGCUUCUCCCAGGGACUGGUAGACUCCUUGCAAUCGAGCUCGGAGUCUGAUUCCACCCGCGCCAAAGCCCUCGAGCUGCACAUCCAGUCGCGCGUCGCGGAGGAGCUCAAGAAGCUGCAAGACCGCGCCGCCAGGGACUUUGAGGAGCUCUCGGCCAAGAUCUCCGCCGCCGAAGACGCCUCUACUACCAAUCAGCAGUCCGCCACCGCCGCCAAUCUAUCCGAGGGUGACCAGCUCCGGCAGCUCGGCCGGGAGGCGGUACAGAAUGACGUCGCGGAGCUGAAGAGGAAGCUUGAGGGGAGGAAGAAGCUGGCUGAUGUGGGCGAGGGGGUGGAGAAGGCGAAGAGCGAGGUCGUGAGGUGCUUGAGAGAGAAUGAUCGCCGGCCGCUGGAUUGCUGGAAGGAGGUGGAGGGGUUUAGGAGGGAGGUGAAGCGCUUGGAGGAUACGUGGGUGGAGAAGAUUGUGCGAUAG